CAUAAGAGAAAGCCUUUAGAAUUUUCACGUAAAAAUGAGUGAAAGUGAAUUGAAGUGCAGUGAAGAAGAUUUUUCCAGUGAUGAUACUGAAUUUAUGGACUUACCACUACCUCCAGUUCCCACAAAAGCCACAGAAAUUCACAAUGUGGACGUCCAUCCGUCUGUUGCCGCAUAUUUAAUGUCCCGGAUGGAUUAUUUUGAUCUGAGACAUGUCGAUUCGGGAGAUGAAGCUCAAUCAUCUGAGGAUGAAGAGACUCUUGGGAAAAGAACCAAUGAACUAUCUACAACACAAGGAAGCAAUAUUUGGUCAACUUCUGAUGAAGAAACUGCUCCUUAUGUGGAUAAAUCACCACUCUUGGGAACAUCCCAAGCUUCAUCUCUUGAAAUUUUGGAGCAUUUCCGGGACACAAGGCAGUCAUCUUGUGACGAUUCCACAUGCUGCGAUGAAGAUUUCAUGUGGGUGCGUUCGGAACGUCUCUCAGAGGAGCCUCAGUCCCUCCCAGCCACACCUUCCACUGCUCCCUCAAAUAAUGUUCCAAGUGGAAAGCCACCCAGACCAGCUGGGAGUUUGGACAGGAGGCGUCAAUUGUCGACUAAUCGGCAAGAGAGAGAUAGCAAAAGUCGUAGUGCUCAUUCUCUGAUAAAAGACAAGGCUGAGAAGGAGAAGCAUUCGGAAAAACAUCUUCCGCGAACUUCAUCUUUUGAAGGAGCUGAAGGGAGUUUUGCAAGUCAUCGAAGAGAAUCUCCAGGAUUCUGGGAGCCACCACCUCCCUCAUAUCCGUACCAUUGGGAAACUCCACAGCAUCCAUUCUGGCUCUCUUGCCAUGCUAGUCGUGAGGAAUUGAGACUCAUGGAGAUGCACAGACGUCAUCAGGAUCAAAUGUACAGAUAUGGGAGCAGUGGAGCUCUCAAUUCUGUUCAUCAUCAGGAAAUGUACGGCUGCUGCCAAAGAUAUCAUCCACCUCCUCCUCCUUGCUGUUCAUGCGAACGUCUCAGUCACUGGAGUCCAAACCAGCGCCAGGACAUCGAUGAACGUCUCAGGCGUCUACAAAGCGACAAGGAGUCUUUGGCCCUUCAAGUGCAAGUGCUGUCGGAACAAGUGGCUGCUCAAAAUGAGAAGAUCAGCGACCUGGAGCGGAUGCUCACGGAAAAAACCCAACUCCUCAGCAAUGCCGAUGAUCUCCUGCACCGAGAGAUGCUCUCGCGAUCGUCGCUGGAGACGCAGAAGCUGGAGUUGAUGUCGGCUAUGAGUGAAUUGAAGCUUCAGCAGGCAGCACUUGAAAGAGAAAAUUUAGAAUUGAGGACGAGUCAUAUGAACAACAACUCCAUCAUGACCAGAAGGCCACCGAUGGCACCAAGUCGAGCUUUGGCAGCGUUUCCGGCCACACCGCCGCCUCACGGAGCGGCGGGAGGUGGAUCGCUGACUUCAACGCCGCUUGGAGGGAGUCAUGGAAAUCUGCAGCAGCAUUCGUCCUCCACUCCUGCCACCCCGAAGACACCUCCGGCUUCUUUUCGACGCCAAGUGGACGUUGUGCACUACAACAGCCUCCCGAGGCAGAGCUUCCCGACAGCAGCUAAUGUGACAUCUGGUCAGGAGACCCCGAGUCAACCGGCAACGGACACAAACGCCAAUCCAAAGCAACGGAAUGUUGCAUUCGCUGAGACUGAGAAGGUAUUGAGGACAACCAUGAGUUAUCUCGCAGCUUCACACCGCAACCUCCUCUCUCUCCCAGUGCCAAAGCCAAGAGCAGCUUUCGCUAUCUUUGGUAAAAUCCGACGGAGCAUCUGCACUCUCGAGGAUCUUCCUGCUUCGGAUCCUGGUGAUUUUCGCCGUGGCGGAUUCAGAAGUACUGCAGGUGCUCGACUUGGAUGGAGUGGAAAUGCCCAAACCAGACCAGAGCGUCCCAUUGAGGAAUGGAUGUGGAGUGUGUGUUCGUGGUUGGAGGAAUUGGGCUUGGGAGGACACGAGGAGGAGGCUCGACGCUGGCUGAAACGCGGUGGUGUGGAUUUGGUUAAAGCAUCUCCGGUGGAUGUGGAAAAGGAGCUGGCAUUAGAAGCCACUGCACGGAAGAAGAUCAUUCUGGCACUCACGGAAGUCACGGGAAAGGAAACAGAUGAGCUGUUCAGGAAUGCUGGGAAACUCGAUUGUGCCUGGAUUCUCAGAUGGCUGGACGGUGGACUUCCACAGCACAAAGAUACCUUUUCAGCUGCUAGAAUGGAUGGCAGGAUGUUGCAUAAGCUCACGAUAGAGGAUUUGGCUACGUUGCACGUCACCUCGAGUCUCCAUGCAGCCAGUCUGAGGAGGGGUAUUCAGGUGAUGAGGGACAAUAACUUCUCCCCAGACUGUCUCAUCGGAGAUCAGGAGCGAAGGGACAGACUCUGAAGCGAAUCAGAGGGUGAAAAUGUGACUCUCUGGACAGCACAUCGCGUGAUGGAGUGGCUCCGCGUCGUGGAUCUUGCUGAGUAUGCACCCAAUUUGCGCGGCGCCGGCGUUCACGGGGCCUUGAUGAUGUUAGAGCCGCGUUUCAAUGCCGAACUUCUGGCUGAUUUACUCAGCAUUCCGCCCAGCAAAACACUGCUACGUCGACAUCUCGCCACCCACUUCAAGGAGCUCCUUGGACGUGACGUGAUUCAGAGCAAACGUGACGCUGAGAAUGUUCUUGGCUACACGCCGCUUACACUCACGGCCAAAAUCAAGACGCCGAAGAAGUCGCAGUUUUCACUGAAGCGUAAGAAGAGUUCCAAAGGGGGCGACGAAUGGAGUGACUAUGUGUGUCCCAUGGGCUCCUCAGGUGACACCACACUUCUCUCCUCUUCUAACCAAGCUGUUUCCAUGAGGAAUCGACCGGGUCAGGAAGUCGCAGUCGGGUCAGAGGCUGCCUCUCAUCAGCAAAUUAACGAUUCACCCACAUCAUCCCGCAGCUCAGCGUCCUAGCAUCGAGCUGCGGCGUCGCUACCGAUGUCGCCGGCACGUCCGCCGCCCGGUGGGACGUCGGCGUCGGUACAGCGGAGCGCCUCCUUCAACGCCACUUGUACGGUGCCGAUGAAGGUGACGGCGCCGCCAAAAGUCAAGAGUUCAGCCUCCUUCAGCAACUGCAGCCUCAUUGCGCGCGUCACAAAGUCCGGCCAGCUCAAUGCUAACGUUGUCACAUCCUCCAUCCUCAGACUCGCAGGAGAAUCAAAGGCGGCUACUUCUAAAACGCCAGCGGCUCAGCCGCCAGUUCACGUGCAGCAUCAACUCACGCCGCCGCCGCAGACGGACUACAAAAACAGUUUCAGAUAUGGAAAGUGCGUGGAUUACUACGUGUAAACCAUUACGCAUUGACGACUUCACUAAAGUGUAUUUUGAUCACUUUUAGACGAGGAAAAGAUCGAAAGGAAAGUAUGUAACAAAAAGCAUUGAUGGCUAUACAGGAAUUUUACAAAUACAAAACCUUUAAAGAAAAACCAGGUGAUAUUUCUCGAAUAUUUCAUCAUCAAUUUUUUCAGUAAUUUCAUUGCAGUGGAAUUGAUGAUGAAAAAUUCGGAAAUUUCGCUUAAAAAAAAUCAAGAAAUUUGUUAAAAUGGUUUCGAUAUUUAAAUUGUAAAAUAGAAGAAAUUUCUCUGGGCUUCUCGGACGAAACAAGCCCAAAGAGAGAUGAGAAAAGUAUUGAUGAAAAAAAAAAACUCAAGUUUGGACCAUUCUAGUGCCAAGAAUAUAUUUACUUGUUGAAGUAAAAAAAAACUUUCUACCAUGUUGGACGUUUUUUUUUAAGGAAGACUUUGCUCUUGAUAAAGACUUUUUACCAAUUAAAAAAAUAUAUAUCACGUUUUCUCACACAGAAUUUAGGAUCGCUGUAAAUAAUAAAGCCCAUUCAUUUUUUUGUGUAUUGUGUUUUUUUGCCUAUUUUUUUUUUUGGUUCUUAAAUUACCAAAGACAAUAUUUCAGAAAAUCCUUUUUCUUCAUUCCUUUCACAAUAUUCAAAAGAACCAAUUUUUAAUACAAAAAAGUUUGCUGGACAAGAACUUUAAUUUCAUAUUUUUUGCCCUUUUACAACACGGAAAAAAUGUAUUCUAAUGCGAAUUCAUAAGUAGUUAUUAAACGGAACAUAAUUGCUAUAGAAAUAAUAAACUAAUCUUUCACUUUUUGUCAGAUUUAGAAAGGAAUUAUACUUACCAUUUAAAUAUCAUGCACACGUUAUGUGUGCGAAAGUAUUUGAUAAAGUUAAUCAAUUGUAUUAAUUUAUUGACAGAAUAAUAUUGAUUAAAAAAAAGGAAAAAAAUUGAUAAUGUAAUAAUAACGUUGAAGGAAUAAAAAUAUAUAUAAAGAAA